UCCACUCCGGGAAAUUCCCCGGCAGCUGGCGGCCGGGAAUAAAAGCACAGGAGCGUAAGGGGGGCGCCUCGUCGGCUCCUGCACCCUCUCUGACGCCAGCACCAGCCAUGAAUCCGCACCUCCGCCUCCUCCUCCUCCUCCUGGCCGCCGCCGCUCUAUGCCAGGGUGCGCCGCUGGCCGGCGAGCUGCGCUGCCGCUGCGUGCGGACCGUGUCCGAGGUGAUCCCGCCGCGGCGCCUGGCCCGCCUGGAGUUCCUGGCCGAGGGGCCGCACUGCGCCGUGCCCGAGGUCAUAGCCACGACGAAGCAGGGACAGAUGAUCUGCCUGGACCCCGUCGCACCCUGGGUCAAGCUCCUGGUCACCAGGAUUCUCCGCAGCUCACCCAACAAGCUCUGAGUGAGGAAAGUUGCACCUUGGAAUGAAGUUACCUGUUUGCCACAAGAUCCCAGGAAACAGAUGCUAUGAGGACACAAUAGCUCACCUCUCUAGUUUUGAUGGGUUUGUAGAUCAGAUGCUCUAUGUUUCGUUCCCUCUCCUCAUAUUUGUUACUCCUAAUCCUAUGCGUGGUUUUAUUGACUGAGAUAAAGUGAUUGAAUCCAUUUGAUAAGACAGUGGAAGCUUUGGUGGGCACCUCUCAGCAACCUUCUCAGAGUCUGCUCCACCUUUGUGCCAAACACUAUUUGCCAAUAAGCUCCUUCUUGCCAAACACUAUUUGCCAAUAAGCUUCUAUAAAACAGCAUCAAUACCUGAAAAGAAGCUGGGCCCACAGUGAAGAUAAUUUUGCAGAUGUCUGCAGAGCAUGUGACAGGAGAGGUUUGAAUGCAUUGGGCGUAAUCCUUCCAUCAGGAAUAACAAGAGUGCUGGCUGGCUCUUAACAUUUCAGUGCCUGUCCAGGAUUACAUGGGAAUAAAACCUGGUUCAGGCAAGAAUGUUUUGCUGAAUCUCUUUUUCCUACUCCAAUCCUCCAGUCUUUAACUCACAAUGUACUGUCUAAUGAUAUCACAAAUUUUGCCCCUGAAGCAUUUUUGCCCCUAUUCAAUACUUAGAAGGGUUUAAUAAUUUCUAUGAAAUUGUGGGGGUUUGUGCUGUGACUGGUUUGGUUUUUAACCAGAUAAUGUAGAGGUUGUUUAGUUGGUUUGUUUUUAAAUGAGUUUACGUGACAAUAUUUGGUAUUUAUGCACAAGUUCUAAAGGAACAGUAAAUGUUCUGGAGAGACUUAGACAUUUUAUGUCUUCUUGUAUGACAUAAUGUCAUAACUCAUAAAGAAUAAGUAAUUUUCAUUUUUCUGCUUUGGAAAAUUGUAUGUAAAGAGGUGGA